AUGUCACUCCACAAGCUCCUUCAAAACCUCAACACUGUCAAAAGAUGUCGUAAUCUCCCAAACUUCUCCGUACAUCACAACAGAGCCAAGAUAGGAGACGCCAUCAUCAACACAGUCUUAAGCGCCCACCAUACCCCCACCCUCCUCUCCAAGCUCACCCCUAAUCUUGUCCACCUUAUUAUCUCCGACCCGCAUCUCAAGGCUCCCAAGUGCAUUGAAUUCUUGGGUUUCCUCAUAAAAAACCAAUCUUUGGUGUCCUUUGAUCUCAAUUUUGAUGCCCAUUUGACUCUUGUCUGCAGGCUAGCGAAAGCCCAAGAGUUUGCGGAUGCUGAGGCACUUUUGGGUGCCCUUUCAAGUCUUGAGAAUUUCAGGUAUACCGUUUUAGCUUCUUUCGUUGAUAGCCAUGAUGUUUCGUUGAGAAUUGCUUCGAAAGUGUUUAAUUGGUUGCUUAAAGCUUACUCUGAUAAUCGAGAAUUUGGGAAGGCUUUGGAGAUAUUUGAUUAUAUGAGAAAUAAUGGUAUUGAGAUCAAUGAGAGGACUUGUACUGUUCAUUUGAUUGAGCUUAUGAAAUGUGAUCAGUGUAGUUUGGGACUGAAAUUCUUUUACUGGAUGGUUGAGUCAGGGAUUGAGGUUUCUGUGUAUUCUUUGACAGUGGUGGUGGAUGGAUUGUGUAAAUGUGGGGAAGUAAAGAGGGCUAGAGAGGUUGUGGAGGAGAUGGGUAGUAAAGGGAUAAAACCAAAUAUUAUUACCUUUAAUACACUAGUGGAUGCAUGCACUAAGAGAUGGAAUUUUGAAGAACUGUAUAACGUAUUGGUGUUGAUGCAGUGCGAAGGCGUGGAAUUUAUCCACGACACAUAUGGGUUCUUGAUUGAUGGGUUUUCGAGUAGUGGGAGAAUGGAAGAUGCCGAGAGAAUGAUUUGGGAGAUGCAUGAUAAGGGCUUUAAGGCGGAUACUUAUUUAUAUAAUUUAGUUAUAAACGGGUAUUGUAGAUUGGGUAACGUGGAAAAGGCAUUUUCUUUAGUUUCUGUGAUGGACGAGAGAAACAUUUGUUUGAACAUGGAUACGUAUUGGUGUUUGUUUAGUGGACUUUGUAAGGUUGGCCAGUUUGAUGUGGUCAAUGAACUUGUAGACGUAAUGCAGAGCAAGGGAUUUGAGUUGGACCAAGUUAUGUUAGACACCUUAAUUGACCGUUAUUUGGAGGAGGGAGUGAUCGAGGAAGCAGCUAGUUUGCUAGAUUUUAUGGAGAAGAAAGGGUUUGUUCCUGAUUUGUGUGUGUAUGAGAAGGUGAUUGGUGGCUUGUGUAAGUUGAACCGAACUGAAGAAGCAAGAUCAAAACUAACCACUCUAAUCAAAAGGGGUGUCUCCAAAGGGGAGUUAAGCUCUAUUCCACUGGCUAACUUAACAAGAAACUUAGCACUUGAAGAGCUGGUUUUCAUUAAUGAAAGAAAGGAUUUUGGCUGUUCUUCUGAUCUAAGAAGUAUAGUAGGCAAUGGACUCCCCGAGGAAGCUCAUGUAUAUAAAGAUGAGAUACAAAUUGAGGGAGUUGAUGAUGAAAAUGUAGGUGUGGACAUUGCAAAUGAAGUUGGCUAG